UCAAUUAGAGGCGAAAAUAAUGCAAUUUAUGAACGCGCUCAGAAUUUGCGACAUUUUUUGCUAAACGGAUUUCAUGCUUCAGUUACACUUACAACAGCAAUAGCAACAACAGCAACAACAACAACAUCCACUAAUAACACUGAACUAAGAACAGUUAACGCGUUUAUCAAUGUGCAAGGUCAGAGCCAACAUGACCUUCGGAGCACACCUGAUGUGCAGCUUGAUUGGGCUAGGGCUGCUGUUGUUGCCCGGCCACGCCCACUACAUACAAAUCGAUCACGAGGAGUUUCGGGCCAGUGGCUAUCCCCAUCCACCGCCGCCGCCAGCUGCCCUGACACCGCUGGAACUGGAGCGUCUGCCGCACGUGCUGGCCAAGCAGCUGACGCCGGCCGAGGUGAUGGUCGACCUGACCAACGAUCUGACCCAUCGGCUGCUCCACUAUCACUCCAUACUCAAUCGGAAUAACUUUGCGUUCUCGCCGACGGCACUGGUCAGCGUGCUGGUGGCCCUCUACGAGGGCUCCUCGGCCAGGAGCGCCACAGAGCUGCGCAAUGUGCUGCAGCUGCCCAGCAAUCGUGACGUCAUACGCGUCGGCUACCGUGACAUACACCGACGGCUGCGGACCUACUUCUUCGGCUCCGACAAUCCCCUGAAGGGGCUCAGCCUGAGCCGCGCCAAUGUGACCGUGCUGAAGGACUUCGAGACUGUGCUUAUGUUCUAUGGCUAUGAUCUGAGUGUCGAUAUGGUCUCGUCGACGCCAGCGAAUAUGACAGUGGGCGUGGCCAAUGCCACCGUGGCGGGCAAUGCGACGGCUGACGAGAUGCAGGCUCCGACAAGCACGCCCCAGGAUGUGGACACAACAGCAGCAACCGAGCUGCCCACUAGCACCACCGCAGAGCCAGUCACCACCACAGCCAUGCCCACGACCACCACAACAACAGAGGAGACAACUACAGUCACAACUGAAGCGGAGACAACAACCACAGAGGUGGCUACAGAGGCCGCCGCCUCCGCUGAGGCCGCUGAGCAGGCCCCUGGCGAGGAUGAGGCUGCCGAGCUGGUGUCCGCCUUCGUCGCCGAAGAGGAUGCCGAACCCUUUCUGCGCAUACAAAAGGCGCGCGUCUCGCGUCUGCCCGUUAGCAAGCUGCAGGCACCGCUGAAGCACUCCAAUCCCAUAACGCCGAAGCCCGGCUAUUUGCCCAGCGCUCGGAUUAGCGUCCUGCCCAUGAUGGCCCGCCAGAUGGCAGAUGUGCGACCUACGCACAGACAGACUGUGCCCCACUAUGGCGCACGUUCAGCUGCCCCCACGUCCAUGUCCUCGCCCAACACAACGCGCAGAUCGAAUGGGACUCGGCACAAGCGCCAUGUGUUGGGCUACAAAGAGCUGGACGCGAAUCUCUUUGUGACGCUGUUCAGUCCGCAUGCACCACAUGGCCCACCACAUGGCGCACCACAUCCACUGCCCAUACCACCGACAGCAGCCUUUGCGCACAUCACAAACGACUUUGAUCCGCACUUCAUCAGCGAUGGAGCUGAGGGCAAAACCAACUACAAUACGGACGUGAUCAGCCAUGUGUUCUAUCUGGGCAGCCAGCAGGUGGUGCACACCACAUUUAAGGUGUACAAUGCGGUGCUCUACUACAAGUACUUUGAGCAUCUGAAGAUGAGUGUGCUGGAGCUGGAGCUGGACACACCCGAGUACAAUUUGAUGAUCUUGCUGCCCGACUACCACAUGGACAUUGUGGCCGCAGCUGCCUCGCUGAAGCUGGGGCCCACGCUGCGGCUGAUGCGCAAGCAGCUGAAGGCACGUUGGGUGCAGGCCAUCAUACCCGACUUCAAGCUGCACGGCACCAUGUUCCUGACCAACGAUCUGCAGAAUAUGGGCAUCUGUGAUAUCUUCGAGCCGAACCGCGCCGACUUUCGACCCAUGACUGAGGAGAAGGGCGUCUAUGUGCGACACAUUGAGCAAUCGAUCGAUGUCAACAUCCGAACGCAUCCGAUCAAUCAGCUCAAACGCAACACUGGCGCUCAAACGAAGCCCAUACAGAUCUCUGUGAAUCAUCCGUUUCUGUUUUUCAUCAUCGAUCGCGACUUAGACGUGGCCGUCAUGUCGGGCCGCAUACUCAAUCCACUCAAUGUGCGCAUACAAUGAGCUCUGGGCACUGGAGCACAACGAAGGUCAACGGAUUGAACAGCAUUGAAAGCGAAGUUGGAAGCAAUGCUUGCUUCCUGGUGCCAGCCUAACAUACAUCUUCAGUUGUACAAUUGUAAUGUAAAUAAUGCAAAUGUUUUCUUUUUAUAAAUGAUGCUCAC